AUGGCAGACAAGACGCGCAUGGCGCGCAACAAGCGAGCCUGUAUUCGCGAUCUUCCACAGGAGCUGUGUGACAAGAUAACGGAAGAAGCUAUUAACAAGACAGUAAACAAAGUCACCAUCCACACCCUCCGAGCCCUUUGCCGAGUUAACGAACAGUUCUACCGGAGUGCUACCCGACUUCUCUACCGCAGAGUACAUUUAGACUUUGAGGAUAGGGGACGAAGCUCUCUCACCCCUAUCUCGAUAGACAAGUUCUCCCUCAGCCCGCAUCGCCGAUCCGUCCGCCACCUCAUGAUCACCUGUCUCCGCAUCAGGGAUGACAACGCGAUGGUCCGGUUGCAAGAAUUGCCGAUAUUGCUCGCGAGGCUUCCCGGCUUAAGGAGUUUGAGUAUAUCACUUGCUCGUUCAAAGCCUGUAAUUGGAUCCUUGUCCAAAGAGAGAGAAUUCGUCAAUGUCCUUCACCAGAGUCUGCAGGCCUAUGGCGCCAAUGAAGACAGCAAUCUCGAUACGCUGCGCAUCUUCAACCCACAUAUUCCGCUUUUUGACUCGGAGGCCAUCCAUGACACCUUCAAUUUGAGUCGCGUAAUGCUGUCCCUGCGCAGGUUCGAGUACGUUGACCAGAUCCCGAUGGACAAGAAAGCGCAAAUUGGGAUAUUCCAUGCUCUGCAGCAUGCUCAGAAGAUAGAGCAAAUCAAGCUCGAGAGUCUAGGCCGGUUACAAGAGGCGUCUUUCUCGCUUCUACCUGAUAAUGCGCCUCUGCGACGCCUAGAACUCACGUCAAUCACUCUUCGCGCCUCAGACCUCCUCGCACUAAGCAAAUUCAAAAACGUGCUUGAAUAUCUAUCACUCGAUCAUAUUUCACUGACCGAGGGGUCAUGGGCUGAAGUAUUUCACUCCCUUUCGACCUACACCUGCCUCGCAUACAUUGAGUUCUAUUGCUAUCAUCUUUGGCACGACCCUCAGACGAGAUUUGCCAUGGAUGCGUGCAUGCAGUGUUGUCGAAAGCUGGGCUUGAGGGCUAUAAGUCGGGAGUGGUCAUGGGGACGCGAGCGCACAUGUUCACAGUAUGUCUGGGACAGAGAAGACUGGGUAGUCUGCUCUGGUCCCGAUGAUGCCUAUACAAGUCUGACCCCGCCUGGGAAUUUGCACUUGCGGCAGAGCGGUUUGCAGCUCCUGCCCCUUGAGAUCACAUCGUAUGCGCAGACAAAUGAGGAGCGGAGGUAUUACAAAGAUGAGUCCUGGGACAACUGGAGCUCUUGA